CCCUCAGCGCGGGAGCCGCCAUGGAGCCGCUCCGGCCUUGGCUCGUCCCGUUCCUGCUGCCCGAGCGCUGCUUCGACCAAUUCUUCCUGCGCUUCCAGCUCCUCGACGUUCCGUGCUUGAAAAUCCUCCUGAGCAAAGUUCUGGGCUACGGGAUCGUGGCGGGAUCCGUCCUGGUGAAGGUUCCCCAGCUGCUGAAGGUUUGGGGGUCCCUGGGGGGGCAUUUUUGGGUAAUUUUGCGGUAUUUUUGGUAAUUUUGGGGUAUUCCGAUGUAAUUCUCUGUAAUUUUGGGGUAUCUUGAUGUAUUUUUUGGUAAU